GGUAACCAAAGGUAGUCUUUGGGUUCACUAGUUACUGGAGUACAUUAGUUCGCUUUUAGAUAUCGACCAUUACAUGCUAACUUGAUAAGGGAAGUCUAGCAACUUGAAAUGGGCAACCGAGGUGAUUACUUACUUACCAAGCUUCUGUGGCUGAUUUUUAUCCCGCUGGUGGUUACUGGCAGUCCGUUUUUAGGGUCUCCAAAAUCUCCACGGAAUCUCCUAGGAUUAACUACCAGAGAGGAGAAGCAAGUUCACUCUAACCGGAAGUAUAUUCCAAAUCCUGUAGAGGACGAGUACCGACUCCCAACUUCUCUGAACCCCAUUCAUUAUGAAGUUUGGCUUCAGCCCUUCAUCCACGGGAACUUCAGCAUCGCAGGACACAUCAAUAUUGUUCUGGAGGUCUUGGAGGCAACGUCAGUCAUCCAGCUUCACAUCGAUAAUAUCACGACUUUCGAUGACACCAUUAAGAUUGUUUUAUUUGAUGGAGGCCCUGAUAUCUCCAUCAAAGAAACAUCAGUGGAUGAGGUUCACAACUUCUAUUUUGUCUGGCUAGAAGAAGCAUUGGAACUGGGAAGGGCUUACAACUUUUCUCUGGACUUCGAAUCUUAUCUUGACACGGAUGGCAUUGGGUUCCACAGAUCAUCUUACGUCGAUGAAGAAGGAAAGGAGGUACCGGUCGCUCUUACCCAGUUCGAAGCCAAUGGAGCAAGGAGGGCAUUUCCCUGUUUCGAUGAACCGUCUCUCAAAGCUACUUUCGAUUGCUACGUAGCAAGGGAAGAGUCCAUGGCAGCCCUCUCCAACAUGCCUUUGGUCGAAACUAUACCUGUAGAAGGUCAAGAGGGAUGGUCCUGGGACCACUUCCGGACCAGCCCAUAUAUGCCGACCUAUCUGGUGGCUUUCAUCGUGUCGGAUUUCGUCAGCAACGGCACUGAGACUGUCGAAGGUUUUCCUUAUACUGCGUGGUCUCGAAGCCAGGAGAUUAGCCACUCUCAGUAUGCCUUGGAAAUGGGGCCUGACGUCCUGACAUUCUACGCAGAAUACCUGAGAAUUCCAUAUGUGAUGCCUAAAAUGGACAUUGCAGCGUUUGUGGAAUUCGGUGGAGCCAUGGAGAACUGGGGAAUGAUCAUUUUCAAGGAGGACAUGAUGUUGUUUGACCCCGAAGUGCAAACCGAGGCAGAGAAGCAAAUGGUGGCGAAGGUCGUUUCUCAUGAGACUGCUCAUCAGUGGUUCGGAGACCUGGUCACCAUGGGGUGGUGGAGUCAUCUCUGGCUGAACGAAGGAUUCGCCAAAUAUAUGGAAUACUUGGGGGUUAAUCACGUUGAACCUGCUUGGAAAAUGCUUGACCAAUAUGUUUUCGAUGUAGUCCAGUUAGCCCUUGAAGUCGACUCUAACGAGACUUCCUCUCAUCCUGUGAUAAAGAAUGUGAGCAGCACUGACGACAUAAACACAAUAAUCGACGAUAUUACCUACCGAAAAGGUGGUUCUUUGAAUAGGAUGAUGAACCACAUACUAACGGAGCAAACCUUCGUCAAUGGACUAAACUCAUACCUUUUGGAAUACGAGUACAGCAACGCCUAUCAAGAUUACCUGUUCAGGCACCUGACGACUGCUGGCCACGAAGACGGAACUUUGCCCCAAGACAUGACCAUGAAGGAAGUCAUGGACACGUGGACGCUUCAAGCAGGAUAUCCCGUCAUAACUGUCAAUAGAUCGGAGGAUGGAACCUCGGCCAUUAUUUCGCAGAAGCGGUUUUGGUCCUCCCACGAGAGCACGGACGAAACCUGGUGGAUCCCUUUGACAUACACGAGCCAGGACAAUCCGAAUUUUGAGAAAACACAGCCAAUGGUUUGGAUGACGAAGGAGGAGAGAGAAAUCGCCGUAGGUUCCCUGCCGGGGAAGGAUCAGUGGGUCAUCUUCAACAUCCAAGAGACAGGUUUCUACAGAGUGAAUUACGACGACAGCAACUGGGAUUUGCUCCUGAACCAGUUGGAAACUGAUCCCGAGGCAAUCCAUCCCCUCAACAGAGCCCAGAUACUUGACGAUCACGCACACCUGUCACAAGCAGGCUACCUACCUUACUCAUCCACUCUUGAUUUCUUCUCAUACCUUCGCGAGGAGAAGGAAUAUCUCCCUUGGGCUUCUGCUCUUAAUCAUUUGGACUACAUGGAACUCAUGUUAUCGAGAACCGCAGCAAGUGAGCCAUUCAAGAAAUUCCUUCUUGAUCUGAUCAUGCCACUUUACGAAGAGUUCGGAUUCGAUGUCUUGGAUAAUAAGGAUCAACAAGAAAUAUUCAAACAAAUGCUGGUCCUUGCCUGGGCUUGUGAUCUUCGACAAGAGGAUUGCGUCUUAUAUUCAACGAGACUUUUUAGUGAAUGGAUUGAGAACCCUGAUGAAGUUAACAGAAUCAUAAAUCCAAACCUAAGGUCGACGGUCUACUGCUCCGCCAUAGCCGAGGGAGGCGUGAAAGAAUGGAGCUUCGCGUGGAAUAAGUAUCUUUUAUCCAACAGCCGCUCUGAAAAACUCAGACUUCUGAUUGCCCUCGGAUGCAGCAGAGACAGUGAAGUGCUUUUAAAGUACCUUGAUCUGGCAUUCGCUGAGAACAGCGACAUCAGCAAGGCGGAUGCUCUGAGGGUGUUCGCCUCGGUCGCCAAGCGACCAGCUGGAAAGCAGGUCGCCUGGAAUUUCCUCUGGAAUAAUAUUCGCCGAAUUAUUUACCUAUUUGAGUCUUCAACUCACUUGGCCGAAAUGAUUGAGGCUGUGUCCGAUUCAUUCAGCAGUGAAGAAGAGAAAUUGCAGCUCGUGUCACUUGAUGACGAAAUUUCCGAAGUGCUCGAUGAAUAUUCGUCCCUCCUCGUCAGCCGAUCGAUCCAAAAAGUCGCCGACAACAUUGCCUGGAGGGAAAACCGUUAUGGCGUCAUCAUGCAAUGGCUGGAGGAGCGUGGUUAUGCUGCGAAGGGGGUGAAUGUCUGAAUUUGAGCGCCACUCUCCUAAUAAAUGUAUUGAGUUGAUGCA